AUGGAGGUCAAUGGGCAAUCAGAACCCGCUCCGGACAAGGACGCACCAAGAGGAGCCUGGAUACGAUACCGAGUAGAGCAUCGCAACCGCGACACUAAUGAGCUCAUCAGCCACCGCGACACCAAAGGACCUGGCUUCGACGACGACGACAAGGACAGUCUCGACGGCCCGGCUUUCGCUCUGGUCACGACAUUCAAGACGGCUCCACCACCACUGGAUUCGACGACUGCGCAACCCUUGACGACCACCAGCGUCGCAACUGCGUCUCCUCCAUCCUAUGCCCUGCAUCUCUACUCAAAAGCCAUUGUGAAUGCACUCCAGUCUGUGGUUCAGUACUAUCCGUCCCAGGACCUCACCGGCGAUGUUGUCAUCAAUUGGCCGUACCCAAUACUGAUCCAUCAUUACCAAGAGCUUGCGGAUUUUCGGGAGAGAGUCGCUCAGAAAGACGGCACGGACCUGUGCGUUCGAGAAAGAGGGGCACAUGAGCAGGUCGGGCUGCUGCUGAAGUUCCUCGAUGAUAGUGUGAUGCCAGACGUGCUGGCAGAGACGGACAGGAACAAGAAAGGGUUCUACACCUUUGAGCACGCUUGGGUCGCCUUGAAACCUGGAAUAACCCUCCUUGAUCAGUGGCGGGAUAGCACAGACAAGCUUCCCCGCGUUAUUCAUUCCGUGGAGGGGGGCGUAUUCCAGAAUCCCCGGAUUUCCUGGACGGUCCACUACUGGGAUAUGCGAUACGACGGUCGAUAUCUAGGGCGGUAUUUAACGCAGGUUGGCAUUGAGAAGUUCGACGGGCAGAACAAGUGGAAGCACAUUGAAGUCGGGAAGCUCUCGGAGGGGACCAAUCUUUCUGAAGAUGUCGCCAAUCAGCUGAGGUAUGGCGAGAUCUACUGGAACCUCCUUCGAAAACAGUGCAGGCAGUACAAGGGGAAAACUCAAAAGUUUCCUUAUAAUGAGGUCGAUGGGCUUGUGAUGACCGAUCUGAAGAGCUUCUAUGCUGACGGGGGAUACAAACCGAACUUGAUGGAGACGGCGGAUUGUCGAAACUGGACCUCGGACUGCAAAUGCCCUGCGUGCAAGAGCAAGACGACCGACAAGGACAAGAAGAUGGUCUCCCUGUUCGAAGACUACAACUACAUCGGUCUUGAAACAACAGACACAUUGACGCCUCAUCAGUACUUCCUGUGUCACUUUGAGAUGGAGUCUUUCGUGUUCAGAACUCGGACAUGGGAAAACCUACAUGUGCGACACUUUUUCGAGCCCAAAUUCGACGAGGAUCUGAUCAACCACCUGGUAAUGGAAUCCAAGCGGAAGCGGACCCUGAAAUCGCUAGCAAAAAGCUUCGCACGCGUAGACAAGCACGGAGACCCCCUAACCAGAGACCCAUGGACUGCCGACUUCGUCAAGGGGAAAGGCCACGGCCUCAUCUUCCUGUUGCAUGGUCGUCCAGGAGUCGGAAAGACAUGUACAGCCGAGUGUAUCGCAGCGUUCACCAAACGACCGUUGAUGGUCCUCACAUCUAGCGAUAUUGGCACCGAGUCAGCGACCGUGGAAACCAACCUGACCAAGAACUUCAAGACGGCAAAGAGCUGGGGCGCGGUCCUUUUGAUUGACGAGGCCGACGUGUUCAUGGAACGCCGAUCAACGGCUGAUCUGGUGCGGAAUAGUCUGGUCGCUGGGCUGCGAUUGACUUCUCAUUCAGGCUUCUUGAGAGCUCUCGAAUUCUACGACGGAAUCCUCUUCCUCACGACAAACAGGGUCGGUUCAUUUGACGACGCUUUCAUCUCUCGAGUGCACUUGCAGCUAUACUACCCCGACUUCGACGACGACCAGAGGCGCCAAGUCUGGCAGACGUUCAUGGACAAGCUGGUGAAGGAACGAGGAGACUACAUGCGCCUCAACGUCGACGCGAAGGAUUACAUCCGCGGGUCGGAGAUGAAGGCGUUGAAAUGGAACGGCCGAGAGAUCCGGAAUGCUUUCCAGACAGCCGUGUCGCUUGCCGAGUACGAUGCUGAGAAGGGGGAGGAUGGGAAGGUCAUGGUGACGGACGAGCACCUGCGGGCUGUCGUUGAGCUCUCGAGAGACUUCAAGGACUAUCUGAACGAGCUCCACAAGGGCGACGAGGCUAAGCGGGCAGAGCGGAAGUAUGAGCGCUUGGAUUCGUAUGAUACCAGGUGA